AUGAUGAAAUCAUUAUCUUACAAAAACAUUGUACACUCUAUUGAUUGUGGAAAUUAUAUGAAAUAUCGUUCAUUUGAUGGCAUCAAUUACAAGAGUGUAAAUUUUAUAAAUUAUUUCAAAGGACUAAUAUUUUAAAGGUUCCUCAGAAUUUGUUGAUUAUUAUAAUGAGCAAGAGACUAUAAAAGUAAAAAAGACUGUUGAUUCAGAAUUGUAUUUAACUUAAAGAUAAGGAUAACAUUUUGCUUACUAAAUUCCAUUAAAUAAUGAUUAACCAGAAACUAAAAAUUAUAUAUUGAUACUCAAUUUUGCUGAAGUACAUUAUUAUCAUACAAUUAGCUACAAUAUUAAGAAAGUAAUGCAAGAAUUUUUGA